AUGGCGGCCGUAACAAUCUUCCACCGGUCUGUCGGUUGUUUUUUGUGAGAAAAUACAACAGUGCAACUUUUUCCAUGCCUUUUGUAAUCUGCUGUUGUAUUUUGUCAACUGGAAGAUGACAGCCUUCACAGUCAAUAUGCGUUCUCGCCCAUUGUUUUCAUUGUUAGCCCUACAACUGUGCACUGCAGUCACAUCAUGGGAAUAUUCUGAUAUGUUCAGAUGCCCUGGGCAAUCUUUCAGAAUUCCAAGGACUGAAGUUGUCCCUAAUUUAUUUUUCCAGUCAAGCAAAAGUGGAAGCCUUAAUGUUCAAAUUGCAAAUGCGACUCAUGUCUUUGACCCCUCUUAUCAGAACAGUCCUUCUGAGGUAUUAAUUCCUGAGGUCAAGAAACGACACGAGGGCCGUUAUUACUGGAAGAACCCAGACUUGGGACUUGUAUACCGAUCUACCAAACUUAUACUUAAAGACUGCUCGUAUGUACAGGACGUGGAUUACGGAGUGAUGCUCGAGUUGGCAGUGCCCAAAGAAGCCGGCAUUUUGCAGUUCAUUCCAUCCGGCUCUAAGGACCACAGGAUCCUGUGGAGUCGCAUCAAUGCGGAAGACAAGAGGGGAGCGAGGGGAACCGUAUCGCGAGAUCACUGGACUGCUUACAAAAUCCGUUUUGCUGACGCAGGACGCUACACUUUUCUCAGAGACAGUGGGACUGAAAUCUCCAGCACUACUGCAAGAAUUAGAGAGGGGAGCAGGUGGCAUGAUGUGGAUACCCAUGACUCAUGGGAAGACAGGGUUGCGGUUCCUGUGUCUGAGGCAGUGGUCACUUUUACCGAUGUCCAGAACAAGCAGCAUGUGAUCUUCGAGAACGGCAUGAUGACCGAAGACGCGUUGAGGAUCUUCAAGGGUCGACUAUUCAUAAACACUCAUCUUGACGUGCUGCAGUUCGAGAUGUCAGGUGCAGACUCUAAAGCUGUCGGACGGUAUGUGGUCACCGAGAAGAAAGGCAGAGCUUUUGUGAUCGAUGUCGCUGGAGGCUCUGGAGGACCAACCAUUCCAGACAGGGCUGUGCCUAUAGCCUUGGCUGCCAGUAUCCUCACACUGUUCAUCAUCGGUUGCUGUGUGAGGAGAUGCUCUAAUAAAAAGAAGGAAGCCCCCUCUCCUGCCGUCGCAUCUGCUGCCACCCCUUCCGCACCGGCCGCUACCCCUUCCGCUCCUUCUGACCCGCCGGUCUAUAUCCAUGGUCCUGUCCCAAGGCCUGAACCAGCCUACCAGCCAGGGGCUCAGAGUCGAGUGGAAGACAUCCGAGACUCUCCAACAACACACAGCUACGACAGCCCUCCACCUUCUUAUGAUGAGUUGAUGGCCAACGGACCUGCGCCCUACGUUCCUUAUGUUCCCUACGUUCCGCCUGAGGGUCCAACCGGAGCAUAUGGUGUGCCUGUUAUUCCCACCCCUGCUGAACCCAGCGCCCCUUCACCCCCAGACUACCAGUACCAACCUGGUGGAUUGUCUGGAACCACAAGUGACUUUCUCUCUGGUUGAAUCUCCUCUCCACACUGAUACAAGUGACACCACUGUCUAAUACUCAGCCAAGCUCAACUUCUAAAGCAGAAAGAGGGAUCUUUCCAUCAUCCUAACUCUAGUCCUCCCUUGUGCGUGGGCCCUUGUGAUAACGUCACAAGAUGUCAUGGACAAUAGAAGAAGUUUAAUCCAAUAGCUCUCAAAAGCGCAAUUCAAAGGUUAUUUCCUCUGUUACAAUUGGGAUGUUGAAAAGGGUAAAGUCCCCCCAAAAGUUGUUAAGGCUAGUCUGA